AUGUCUGACCAACUCGAUGACAAGUUCAUGAACAGCGGUAGUGGCGCACCAGCUCCUCAGACAUCCAACGACAAGGGCGAUGCAUCGAAGAAAGACGCAGACAAAAAGGACAGCGGUAAGGGUCAGGAGAAGAAGGGUUAA